CUUCUGUUUCUGUUUCAUUCCAUUUUCACAUACAUUUUAUACCCAGUUACCAACGUGUGUGUCCCACUUUGCUCCAACACACCUAAAACACAAUGCCCGCACCUACACUGUGACGCACGCAAUCUCAUACACACAAACACACAAGGCACACGCACAUGCACGCACACACACACACACACACACACAUAGUCGCACAGACACACACACACACUAACACACCAUACACAGUCCAUACACAGACAGAGACUCGUUCCCAGUAUGCAAAAAGGGUACGUUGCGAAUAAACAUUUGUUUCCUUAUCCGGGGACUGGCUCGCAGGCUGCUAUUGGACUACUGCGUCACGUGGUAAAAGUAACUUUACAGGGUCGCUCGCAAGUAGGAGGGCUUUAUGGAGCAGAAAAACGACAAAGGUAGAAAAAUUAUUUUCCACUCCAGAAAUUAAUGAUCAUGAGCUCGUAUUUGAUGGACUCUAACUACAUCGAUCCGAAAUUUCCUCCAUGCGAGGAAUAUUCGCAAAAUAGCUACAUCCCAGACCACAGCCCCGAAUAUUACAGCCGCACGAGGGAAACUGGCUACCAGCAUCAUCACCAGGAGUUGUAUCCUUCGCGGGCGACCUACCAGGAGCGCCAAUAUAGCUGUGCAAGCAUCCCCGAGCCCGAGACCCCGAGAGGGCACGGGCUACCCCAUUCAGGACACCUGCUUCCUGGGAAAGCGCAAGCAGCUCCACGUGAGCCCCCACCAUUACCAACAUCCCCUUCAACCCCACCGGCUGUGCCUCCCGCCUGCAUCCAAGCCACCCCGGAGCAUCCUAACAGCACAGUCUCUUCCAAGCAGCCCGUAGUAUACCCAUGGAUGAGGAAAAUCCACGUCAGCACCGUGAACCCCAAUUACAAUGGAGCAGAGCCCAAGCGGUCCAGGACUGCUUACACUCGCCAGCAGGUCUUAGAAUUGGAGAAGGAAUUCCACUAUAACCGCUACCUAACACGGCGAAGACGCAUCGAGAUCGCGCACUCCUUGGUUCUCUCUGAAAGGCAAAUCAAAAUUUGGUUUCAGAACCGCAGGAUGAAGUGGAAAAAAGACCAUAGGCUACCCAACACCAAAGUCAGAUCCUCUGCUCCCACGGGCACAUCAUCCGCGUCCAGCACAACAUCGUCAGCUGGCACUGUCUCGGCUGUUGUGGCUUCUAACACGGUGGCAGCUACCGAGGAACAUUUGCGGUUACCCGGAGCCGAACAAGAUGAGGAUAUAACAAGGUUAUGAGGCAGACAAUUAUUUCGCUGAGGAGGAAGAAGACGACGACUGAUUAUUUGUGAAACAUAAACCCAAUCUCUCUCACACACAAAUACACACACACGCGCGCGCGCACACACACACACCUACACGCACAUGUACACACACAUACACACAUACAUAUCUUUUAUAUGUAUAGGUUCUUCUUCGUUGUCUUGUGCGUAAGAAAAGGUUUUCCUUUCAGUCCACAGUUAUAUAAAAUGCAUGUUAUAUAGCAUGGAUUACUGCGAAAAUACCUGCAGAUUGUUUACGCCACAUAUCAGGGUUUAUUUAUUUUAAAUAGAAAUAUAGUGAUUUUUCAAAAGUUGUUUUGAAUGAAAGAGAGAUAAUGACAAUUUAGCAAAUGCUUAGAGGCAGAGUUAUGGCAGGAAAUGUGUCUGCUCAUUUGCGUCAAUACAUGCACAAUUGUUAUAUUUAUUUUAUAAACAAAACUGUCGAAAUAUUUGCAGUUAACUUGCUGUGUGGGAAAGUAAUUGAGCUUAUUUGUUUUGAAAAAGCAAAGCGUGGAUUCAGUUUUAAAGCUGUGAGAUAUUUGGAGUGAUCUUAAAAAUAAGAUUAAACAAUACAAUUAGGCAGUAGUAUUUUUGUGGUGAUAACGUGUUUAGACUGAUUAAAACUGAACAUUGUGAAAUGCAAUAAAAUAAGUUUAGUGUAUUUGUGCGUAAUAGUGCUCAAUAAAACAGUGAGUGUCAAUUCGUUUCA